UUUUUGGAAGAAAUUUAAUGUUUUUGAUUAUUUUUAUUAUUGUUGUAUAAUAAGAACGUAUCUGUAAAGUUUUCAAUUAUGAUGAUCGCGGAAAAAUCUCGUUUAUAAUUGCUAGUUGUUCACGAAUAUAGUAUACUUACGUACUAAAACUGAUGGAGUACAACCUCAUACUCUAUUUAUAUCAAUACAAACUUCUCAAUUUAUUAUAGAUUUAACAAUAAUAAAGACGAUAUUUAACUUAGUGAACAAUCAUAGCGUAUUUUUGCAAAAAGUAAAUUGUGAUUUGUGCCACUGUGUAAAUUAAGCUAAUAAGGUGUACGAAGAAAUUUACAAUAUGCGUCAAAAUUCAGAAGAAAAAUAUAAUAGUAUAUUUGUGAAAGCUUUGGAAAUAUCCGGUACAGUUUAUGUCCAUUUAGUAGUUCCUCGGCACGUUGGACGACAGCAAAACCGUGAUAACUAUGAAGAAGUUCCCGAAACGUAAUACCAUCGAUCCUUUUUUAUUUUAUUUUUAGACCACUUAUUAGAUUAACUCAAAUCCAGAUUUCUCAAUCAUUGUAAAUCACUUUGAGAAAUACAAAAUAUUUUACCAAUAUAGUGCAGUGAACUGACUAUAGAAUAAAUAGUCGUAACGGUCAAAACGUUUAGAAAGGAGUGACCAAAUUAUAUAAAGAGAUCUGAUGAAGAUUUAGAAGCGGAUAUCACAAUGUGGCGCAGACAUUGUUCAAAUACGCCUGAAGAAAAAAGGCCGAAAACGCUUAUUGAUACUCUAAACUUUUGUGAAUUUACGUCAUAUCAGUCUAUACAUCGAUUUAUGCACAUUAGAGCAACACUUCCCAUUUCAGUUACUUUGAGUGAAAGAUCAUUCUCUUGUUUUCAUAGAUUAAAAACCUAUUUACGAAACAAGACGGCGGAGAACCGAUUAAAUGGGUUAGCAUUAUUUAACAUAUACAGAAACGUGAAGGUAUCGUGUAAAGAUAUAUUGGAUACUAUGGCAAAAAUACCGAAGUGGAUAAAUUUGACUUUAUAAUUUUUAUAACUUAUAUAAAUACAAUAAAUAAUUAUUCUCAAAAUAACUGUGAUUAUUCGUAUUUUUUUCAAAACUCCUCCCGAAAUUUUUUCCUGCACCCCUCCCCCCAUGAUAUUUACCUAUUUUUUUAAUAUAGAUUUACGGUCACUUUUCAUGAUAAUGGUAAUGUAAUUCAUGGAUGGCAUGGCUAUUUUUACUCAAUAGUCUUAAGACGGUCGAAUACUUUUCCCCAGACUGGCGGGAGCCCUAUUAAUGCCGUGAUGUAAAUCUCAUUUAUAAUCUCAUUUAAAAAUUCUUUGAGAUUUUUAUUUAUAUAUUUUUCUAAAUUCCAUGAACUUUUUA